AUGGUCGCGUGUGAGCAACUGCACAUAGAGAUUUGUUCCCACCGAGGAGCGCUGAGUCAAGAUGACUCGCCAAAGCUGCUCACCUCAGAAGGGCUGAAUGAUCUCCUGGGCGCUGGCUUUCGAUGUGCAGAUCUGGACUUGACGAGGGAGAAGGAGAGUUGGAUCAUCGGCCAUCCCGGGGACCUGUCGACGCUGAAAAGCCUCGGGCGGGAUCUUAGUGAGGCCCUGGGCUUUCCACAGCUCCUGCAGACCUGGCAGCACCAAAACCGCAGGCUCCUUGCGCUGGAGCUGAAGGCUGAGCCCGUCACUGCCACGGAGCUGGAAGAGUUGUUGGAGCAGUUGACGGCCCAAAGGCUGCCCAAUGGCAGCGUUGGCGUGUGGUACUUGCCGCAGGAGCUGGGGCUCUUUGAGCAGGUGCACAGAGAUCGGUACCCGGGCCUGCUGGGCAUCAUGGCCAUGUUUGAUCGCCCCUGGCGUGGCGCGGAUGUUGGAUCCAAGGAGAGCUUGGAUGCAGCAGCACGCGCUGGCAUUCAGGUGUUGGGCAUGUCCAUCCGCCUUUCUUCGGAACUCCUGAGCGAGGCAAGUCGCCGGAAGUUCCUGGUGGUUGCCUUCGGCGUCAACUCGGAGGAAGACUUGCUGAAAGCUGCGCAGAGCAACGUGCACUUGGCUCUCUCAGAUAAUCCCCUGGAGAUUCGCAGCAAGCUUGCGCAGCUGAAAUCGCCCCGCGGCAAGCAGGAGGCCCAGGUAGGAGCUCUCACUGUGACCCUCCAUGGAUAUCGUGGAUAUGGCUGGCCGCACUGGUAG